CGAACGUUCGAGUUACAGGUAAGCCUGUAUAUAACGUAGAAGGGACGACUGUCAUCAUACAGGUCUGAUUAGGGGAGACUAGAGGCGAGCAGAGACCGUGAUGGCUGCUCCAAAGAAGGUGCUGAUGCUGCAUGGACACUCGCAGAAUGCUAGUAUAUUCAGUAAACGCCUUGGGGCCUUGAGGAAAUCGAUGGGAAAAGGAAUUGAAAUGGUAUUCGUGGACGGACCAAUCGUCCUACUUCCUGUUGAUCUCGACGGCACCUCGUCUACAGCUUCAUUGGCAGCUCUCGGAGCUUCAGAGGCGGACGUGAAAUCCUCUGAUCCUUUGACCGCACCUCGAGCGUGGUGGAAAUCCAACCCAGAGAAAACUGUUGCCCACGGGUUAGAAGAGUCUUUACUCAUUCUCAGAGAUAUUCUUCAGCGUGACCGGUAUGAUGGUGUGUUUGGUUUCAGUCAAGGAGCAGCUAUGGCUGCUCUGCUUGCCGCCCUCCUAGAGCGGCCUCAUCUAUAUCCUCCUUUUCUCAUCGACGGAGAGGCUCCUCACCCACCUUUCAAAUUCUGUGUAGCCGUCUCAGGCUUCAAGGCACCCGGGUCUCUCAGUGCAGACAUUUUUGGGACAUCGUAUUCCACACCCACCCUGCACAUUCUCGGUCGAAACGAUGUCAUCGUUAUUGAGGAGCGGUCAAAGGCUCUGCUUGAUCUGUCACAGGACAAGAGAUUGAAGGAGCAUGAUGGCGGCCAUUUCGUGCCCUCGAAGGCGAACUGGAGAGAGUUCUUCCGCAAUUACUUGGCUGAUCCUCUUAACGCCGCUCCUUCCCCGGAACCGAGAACUACUUCUCAGCCUUCCUCCGAAGAUUGAUACGCCAGCGUCUCAAACAAUACCUCAAACUGUAAUAGAGCUAUGUGAUAGAAAUUUUAUACCUCAUCAGGCGCAAAUAACAGGCUUUCGAGAGUAGGUGAGGUCAUCGCAAACCCAAUAAGGUGAACGAGCUUUGUCAGUGAAUCAUCUAACCAGACUCAGCUCUUUC